AUGCUUCAUAUUAGAAGAUUUUCGAAGUCAUCCCACCGCUUGAAGUCACUUAACAAGUACUCAAGUAUCGUCACUCAGGAUGAAUCACAGGGUGCUUCAAAGGCCAUGCUCUAUGCGACGGGAUUUUCAGACGAAGAUUUUUCUAAGGCGCAAAUUGGAGUUGGGUCUGUAUGGUGGUCCGGAAACCCAUGUAACAUGCACCUUAUGGAUAUGAAUAAUCGUUGUUCAGCGUCCGUGAACAAGUCAGGUUUGAAAGCGAUGCAGUUUAAUAGUAUAGGUGUUUCUGAUGGUAUAACGAAUGGUACAGAAGGUAUGAAAUACUCAUUACAAUCACGUGAAAUUAUUGCCGAUUCUUUUGAGACCAUGAUAAUGGCCCAGUUAUACGAUGGUAGUAUCGCGAUUCCAUCUUGCGAUAAAAAUAUGCCGGGAACAUUGAUGGCCAUGGGAAGGCAUAACAGGCCAUCCAUCAUGGUGUAUGGUGGAACAAUUAUGCCAGGUUCUCCAACAUGUGGAGGAAGAGAUCCAGCAGUCAUUCCCGACAAAAUUGAUAUCAUCUCCGCAUUCCAGUCGUAUGGUCAAUAUCUUUCUAAUUUGAUCACUAACGACCAGAGGAAGGAUAUCGUAAGGCAUGCCUGUCCUGGACCUGGUGCUUGUGGUGGUAUGUAUACAGCAAAUACGAUGGCUUCUGCGGCUGAGGUAAUGGGAAUGUCCUUACCUUUCUCUUCUUCAGCUCCUGCUAUAUCGAAAGAGAAAGCCGCUGAAUGUGAUAACAUUGGAGAUGCUAUUAAGAAGUUGUUGAGUUUAGAUUUGAAACCAAGAGAUAUCAUGACGAAGAAGGCGUUUGAAAACGCUAUUACGUAUAUCAUUGCAACUGGUGGUUCUACGAAUGCCGUAUUACACUUGAUUGCAAUUGCUCAAUCUGUUGAUGUCAAAUUGACUGUAGAGGAUUUCCAAAGAAUUUCAGAUUCAACACCCCUUUUGGCGGAUUUCAAACCCUCUGGUAAGUAUGUUAUGGCAGACCUCCAACAAUACGGGGGCACACCCGCCGUUAUGAAGAUGCUUUUGAAAGAAGGUUUAAUUGAUGGCUCACAAAUGACGGUGACCGGUAACUCUGUUAAGGACAAUUUAGAGAAAGUUAAAAGUUUGCCGGACGGUCAGGACAUUGUGAGACCAGUAUCUAAUCCAUUGAAGCCAAAUGGUCACUUGCAAAUCUUAAAGGGCUCUUUGGCUCCAGGAGGGGCCGUAGGAAAGAUCACAGGAAAAGAAGGAACUUAUUUCAAAGGUAAGGCUAGAGUGUACGACUACGAAGCUGCAUUUAUCACAUCUUUACAAAACGGUGAUAUUAAGAAAGGCGAAAAGACGGUCUGUAUAAUAAGGUACGAGGGACCAAAAGGUGGUCCAGGAAUGCCUGAAAUGUUGAAACCUUCUUCUGCUUUGAUGGGAUAUGGAUUAGGAAAGGAUGUUGCUUUAUUGACUGAUGGAAGAUUUUCAGGAGGCUCUCAUGGGUUUUUAAUCGGACACAUUGUUCCAGAAGCUGCGGUCGGUGGUCCAAUAGCUCUUGUUGAAGAUGGUGAUGAAGUUGUCAUUGAUGCAGAAAACAACAAGAUCGAUGUUUUAGUUUCUCAGGAGAUCAUGGAUGAAAGAAGAAAAUCGUGGAAAGCUCCAACACCGAGGUAUCGUAGAGGUACCUUAGCUAAGUACAGUGCUCUUGUAAGUGAUGCAUCUUCUGGAUGUGUCACUGAUAACUUUAACUGGAAUAAAAAUUAA